UAAAAAAAGGAAAGAUGUCCGAGCGAAGUAUUAGGUUGCCAAUGACUCCGUAUCUCACUGUAUAUAAUUUGCGCGUGCGUUUGAGGUUGCCAAUUAUCUCUGCGGCGGCCAUAAUAACGGCAGCAACAAGGUGCUUUCCACCGGAGCCCUAACUUGAACCUCCACCGUUAAUCCAUGUUUCAGAAGGGUUACGGAUUAUGAAUCCGUUUGCGCGUUUAUCGUCUCUGGUACCGCCCAUGUCCGACAUGGAGGCUUCUAUUAUCUCUCUGGAGCACCUUUUGCUGUACCGUUUCAACAACAGGAAGCUUCUGGAAGAAGCUCUUACCCACUCUUCUUUCACAGAGUCGUCCUCUUACCAGCGUCUGGAAUUCCUGGGUGACAUGGCUUUAGGGCUGGCCAUCUCCAACUUCGUCUAUUUAUCCUAUCCCGAGCUUGACCCCGGCCAACUCUCUCUUCUUCGGUCAGCCAAUGUCAGCACCGAGAAGCUCGCUAGGGUAGCUGUCCGUCACAGCCUCUAUAGAUAUGUCCGCCACAAUGCCCCUUCUCUUGAAGAAAAGGUGAAGGAGUUUGUGCUAGUGGUCCAAGAAGAAGACGAGGCCGAAUUCUAUGGCGGAGCAAUCAAAGCACCUAAAAUUCUUGCAGACAUUGUUGAGUCUAUAGCCGCUGCUGUAUAUGUUGAUGUUGGGUUCGAUUUGAAGGAGUUUUGGAAGGUCUUUAGAGGCUUACUGGAGCCAAUAAUCACCCCUGAUGUGCUGCAAAACCAACCUCAGCCUGUGACAAUGCUAUUUGAGCAUUGCCAGAAAGUUGGAAAAUGUGUUGAUAUAAGACACAAGAAGAUUGGACAGAACAAUAUUGCAAGCAUCUACAUUGAUGGAGAACACCUAGUCUCUUCAUCUUCAGAGCAGAAGGAAAAUGCGAGGCUUCAUGCUGCAAAGGCCGCACUACAAAAGCUGGCUUAUAAAGUAGAAAAAAUCAACUUUGAGUUCGAUGAGACUAAGGGCAAUGAUGGGGCAAAGCAGAAGUUGUAUGAACUUUGUGGGAAAAAAAAAUGGUUGAAACCAACUUACAGUGUUGAGAAGGAGAUAGGCCCAUCACACGACAAGAACUUUGUCUGCUCAGUUGAAGUAGGUAGCAGUGAUGGCUUACCUAUCACGAUUGGUAAUAAGAGGUCUCGGGUGCUCUUCGCUCUAGGAAACGAAAAGUUGCGGAUCAGAGAUGCAGAGAACUCAGCUGCUUAUGCCAUGCUAUGUGCUCUCAAAGAUGCAAAUGUCAUAUGAUUCUCGUUUGCUUCUUUUUAUGGACUCUGGUGAAAUUAGCUUCACGUGGAGUUGCUCUUUCAACCGUCUAGAUGAAAUUUGAAUAAUCCAAUUGAUGUUCAGAUUUCAUCUAUACGGAGGGUGGAAUAACUCGACGUGAUGUUCACUCCACUGGAUUAAAUUUUGUUAAUUUAGAAACUUGGUAGCUGGUUGAAGCAUUCUUCGUGGGCCGAAACCCACGGGCUGGCUCGUUUAAACCCAUUUAUUGGUGGGUUAGGGUUGCGAAUUUCUGACCCAUUUAGUUCGCGGGUUUCACGGGUCAACCCACGCGGGUUGUGGGUUUAAGUCGGUUGGCCCACCGGGUUGCGGGUUGGCCCGCGGGCCAAUAUACAAAAUAUAGUUUUAAAUUUUAUUAUCUUAAAUAUUGUCCUUUUACUACCAAUAAUAUUAUAAUUACAAAUAAAAUUUACAACCAUGGCAAAAUAAUAUUUAUUUCUAUAAUAAAUUUUCAAAUAAAUUGUUGAAACAUAUAUUUUAUGUGAAGUUCGAUACAAUAUUUAACAAUUAGUAGUCAUUAUUUACGAAUAAUUAAUCAAAAGGUUAUGUAGAUCUUUAUUUUUAUACAAUGAGUAUUUUUGUCGCAUAACCUCUUAUAGUUUUCAAAUUCCCGUAUAACUAGUAUUUAAUAUUUUUAAUUAAACUUAACAAGUAUUGAAUUUUUAGUAUUUUGAUUUCUUAUAUUUCCUUUGUUACUCCUUACUAAUAUAAAUAUAUACUUUCGGGUAAUUAUUUUUAAUUUUUUUGUCAUAUAUUUUUUUUACGUAUUGGCCCGCGGGCCAACCCGUUUAACCCACGGGUUAGGUGGGUCGGGUUAGGGUUGUAGAAAUUCUGGCCUGUCAUUAAACGGGUUGGCCCGACCCAACCCACAUAGACUAUAACCCGUCACGGGUCGGGUUGGGUCGGGUUGACCCGUUUGACAGCUCUUGCCUGCAUCUUCCUUCAUAUUUAUUUUUUUGAAAAAAAAAUGUCAAUGUUAUCUCAAGGUUUGGUACGUUACCAUUUGCAGUUUUGCAUAGGGGUGGACUCUGGCCGGGCCAACUGGCCCGGAACCGGACUGGCUCGCUACUGUGCGGGCCCGGCCCGGCCCGGUGAGGUAGGCGGCCCGGACCCGGGCCUCCUAAAUCGUGAACCGGCCUGUCCGGUUCGGGCCCGGUCCGGGUCAUAUUUUUUU